GGACGGGCGCUUGUUCAGUUCACGAGAAGCUGCGACCCGCCCACAUCGGGUUUUGUUUGACGAGCGACUGGGCUACGACAUGCGCGAGGCUUUUUCACCCUCUUCCUCCUCGCGUCCCCUGGCUGAUUUUCUGGCGGAUCCAGUAAAGUGUCCCUGCCCUCCUGCCGCUCUCGCCGUCGUAUUCUAUUCUUAUUGCGACCCUCGAACCAGCUCAUAGCAGUUUCACAUGGCGACCUGAGACUACUGACUACCUACAGCACGAACUUUUUUCUUUUUCUUCCCAAAUAAAUUCCUGGUUUCCCGCCGCCGACCAACUGCGGACUGACUUGCCGGUUUAAACUAACAAAAAAAGAUCCGUCCAAACUGUACUGGAUCGAUUGGACUAGUUGGCGCCCGCACCACCUUUGUCAAGAAACCAAACCAACACAAAAAAUAGCCACGGACAAGCUCAGCUCAGCUUUCAUAGGCCGGCCUGUAGGUCGGUCGGGGGUUGCACAAAUCAACUCGGUGGACUGGGAAUUUGGGAUUGGACCUGGACCCAGGAGAACAAAGACCCAGACCAUCAGAGAAGCUGAGACCAGCUGGACGCACGAAGAGGGAGCCACAAAGAACGUAAAUCACCAUCAGGGGCAAUUUCGCAGCCAUGGCCCGGAACAGAGUUCUUUCUUUUGUGUCCCAGUUCUCUGCUGCGGGUAGGGACCACAACAACAGAACCCCGACACCUACUUCCAACUCGCCUCCCAGGAGCAACGGCACAAUCCCGUUUCCGCCUCUGCAGACUUCACUCGGCCACAGUCACGAAACCACAAACUCGGUCUUCUCUCCAACCCCAUCCUCGCCGACUCGACCCGACUUUACCGCCUCGCCUGUAGCCGCGUCCCUGAACGGUGAUUCACCCCCUGACUCGAGCCCACGCACAGGAAGGCAAAGAGCAAAUUCCAGACCUCUUUCCAUGGUGCAAACGUAUACGCCGCCAGUCAUGGAUGUCAACGAGGAUACGAUUCCCGAAUUGCAACCAAUCUUUACCUUUCUCAACAAUCACUCAAACAAGCUAUAUCAGGAGGGGUACUUCCUGAAGCUGGACGACCAGAAUUCUCAGGGUCGACCGAACCCAGAUCGAACAUGGACCGAAUGCUUUGCACAACUCGUGGGCACCGUCCUCUCUCUGUGGGAUGCGGCGGAGCUAGAUGCUGCCGGUGAACAUGGGGAGGUUCUCCCAAAGUUUAUCAACUUGACAGACGCUUCGAUCAAGAUGAUUGAAUCUCUACCCACCAGGUCCAACGACGAACAACCCCUUCAAAACAUUCUGAGCAUAUCAACUGCAGGUCGCAACCGUUAUCUAUUGCACUUCAACUCGCAUCAUUCUCUGAUCCAAUGGACCGCCGGCAUCCGUCUCGCCAUGUUUGAGCACACGACGCUUCAGGAGGCGUAUACUGGUGCGCUGAUAGCUGGCAAGGGCAAGACCUUGAACAACAUUGGUGUGGUAAUGGAGCGAUCCAGGCUCAAGACCGAAGAUUGGGUCCGUGUUCGUUUUGGGGCUGGUGUGCCCUGGAGGAGAUGCUGGUGUGUAAUCACACCGCCGGAUGAGAAGGAAUAUCAGAAGCAACAGAAGGAACUGAAGAAGCGUUCACCGUACGAUCGAUCACCGGUUCCUCUCUUGAAGGGCGAUAUCAAAUUCUACGACACCAGAAAGGAAGGGAAGAAGCAGAAGAAGGCGAAACCGAUUGCUUCGAUAUCAGACGCAAAUGCGGCGUAUGCAAUAUACCCACAGGCCAAAUCCCUUAUCGAUGCAUCGACUCUUCUCAAGAUCGAGGGCAACAUUACCAUUCACUCAGACCCGCCAUCGUCUACGGAAGGCUUCGUUUUCAUCAUGCCCGAGUCGCAUCCCGGCGUUAGUGGCUUCGAGAUGCUCCUUAGGUAUCUUUUCCCAACAUGGGACACAUUUGGUCUCUACGGCCGUCCAGGACGCCUUAUUGCAAGCGUUCUAGAUCAGCGAUCCCUCAUGUUCGGCAUGCCCAAACACAAAAAGUACGGGUAUUUGGAGAUCCUAGAUGUCACAAGCCUAAUACUUUCGGAUGGUAGUGGUUCCUGGUCAGAGAAGGAAUGGAGACGGCGUCUGAAGGAGCUCACCGCAGCAAGAAUGACCGCUAUGGACGAAGAUAUGAAGGCAAAUGGACAUAGUCGCAGUGCAAGCCGGCGGAGUGCCAGGCUUAGCAUUGGGCCCGGGUCGAGUGUCAGUCAUGGAAGACCUCGAGUGAAUUUUGCUGACGAGUCGGAUACGAGGCGAACAUCGCGGUCUAUGACGGUCUCGGAAAGGCCCAGUCAUCGUAACGAUUCUGCGCCGCCGGCGGCAGAGAGACAGCGUGUGCCGUCGCCUCCGACCAAAAAUGGCCACAGCCGAAAUGUUUCUGAUACACGCUUAGAGACCCAGUUUGAACAGAUGCCGUACCGCCACACGCCAGGUUUCGACAGCCCUGUUUCCGUAGCGUCUCCCUCGCCCAUGAAUGGGGGACCACAGGCGCGUGGUUUCGUUAACGACUUGGCUUCUACGCCUGAGCGCCUUAGCUCGGAAGAUGAGCUUCCACCAAACCCACCGCCUCGAGACUUUGGAAACAUGGAGCGCAUGCAGACGCCAGAGCCUGUUCAUCCUCCACCAGCGUUUUCGCACGCCCCGUCGUCGCGGCCAGCAGGAAAGCCCUAUCACUCACCCGAGCUUCGCAGAGCCAACAGCCGUCUAUCCAGCACAACUCUGGCGCAACUUGCCAAUGCUGGUGGCGUCAAGCCCGAGUCCUACAAGGAUGAAUUCGGAAGAACAAGCAGCGAGUCUAGCUCGGGGUCACGACCUGUACAAGGGGACCCAAGAAGCCAAGCGGUACAUGCACACGUCAACUCUCUAGGGAUCACAGCUAAUUCUAACCGAUCUCGUGAAGCUAUAAAUCAAUCGAGUGACAGAUCUACCCCUACCCCCCCUGGGCAGCCUCCGGGCCCGGCAACGCCGCGGGACCCCGGUUCCCAGCUGCACAAGUCACCACUGAACCAGGCAAUGGUGCCGCCGUCACCGCAAGAGAUGGAGUCCCAGAGAUCACAUCCCCGCUAUGAAUCACGAACAGGCAGUAUCCCAUCGUCUGGCCCUGUCCAUAGGAAACCCUUACCCCAGCAGGCACAUCAUGCACUUGCACAGAUUACCCGUCAAGACACCCAGCGUAGUGAAACUAGCAACUAUGACGACGAGGACUCCACUACUGGGAGCCACGACUACGCGAGCACCACAUCAGCCGAAAGUGUCAAGUCUGUCGAACGACCACGCAUGGGCGUUCUCAAAACUGUAGGUGCUGAGCAACAGGCCCAGCUAACAAACGCCGAGAAGAGUUAUGACAUACCGCAAAUCGACUUUGGGCCGACCAUCAACUAUGCAUCUACCCCUACGCCUCGAAGCAAGACACCUACGCCAUUGUCUAACAAUGAGUCACAUGGGUCCCGCGCGCGUUCACCCAACAUCAGCCUCUCACCCAGCCCUGGGCAGACUCAUCAUCGUCAGGGCUCAAGCGACACAUUGCGGAAGAUGGCAUGGCAGCCAGGCGCGAUUGCUGGCAGCUCAGAUCGUCCUGGUGCACUCACCCCGGAACAGUAUGUCCAGCAGAAAGCGGCAGCGGCAUCAGCCACGCCUUUGUACGCACAUUCCCGUUCGCCUUCCAGUAAUACGCUCACCGCCAUGCGAAACAACACUCCAACCCCGCCCUUGCACAAACGGAGCUCCAGUUAUGAUAUGCUGCGCCUUAGAGAGGGCCAUUCGAGGUCUAAUUCGGCCGACCUGCUGAGGCCCGGCUCCCAAGGUGCCCUUACAACUCUUGGCUAUGGGUCUGGAGACGUGCCGGCUCGCAUGUCCCCACGCGAGCAGGAACAUAUCGCCCGAGGGAGUGGUGGGCACCCAGUAUCCAUGGCUACAAACAAUGGAUCGAUGCAGCCUGGCGGUCUCGUGGGCGUAAUUCAGGCGAGGGAGAGAGAAAAGGCAGAGAUAAAACAAGGUGUCAGCUCAGCUUUGGCCUAUGAGGCUAAGAAUCGGCAAGAACGUGAGAUGCGGCAGCAACAACAGCAACAGCUACAGUACACGUCCCAAGCAGCUUAUGGUGCACAUUCUCAACCAGGCUUUGCUGGAGGUGUGCCCUCAAUGUACAGUGGCCACGUUGUCCAACCUGCUUCACACUGGGGCGGCCCGGCGGCAAUCCCACGUGGUGAAAUGGGUUAUGUCGACGUAUAUGGUCAACCUGAGCUUCAACCAUCACCGCAAUUCCAUAGCCAUAUGCAAGGCUCACCAGCAUCACAAUACCGUCCUGCGAGCUUCUCCAGACCUUGGCCGCGUCAAGGUCAAGCGCAGGGGGUGUCACCAGGAGGCUACGCAACGCCUCCCGCUGGACCACACCCUUCGCGAGGCCGAUCAGAAGCCAUGGGUAACAUGGGACGUGAGGCUCAGUCUCACCGAGGUCAGGCGUUCUAGAGGAUGGCGACCCCGAUUCUGAAGCGACUGCGAAUGUGGAAACGGUCCAGCACGACAUAUGCGCGUUUCAGGUAUAAAUCUCAAUGAACUUUUGGGAUUUGACCAUCGUUUGGUAUGCACGCGUCUUAAUGAUAGGGUUUUGAUUUUGAUUUUUCUAUCUUUGGUCCGGGAGGAGUUACUGAGGUCCUGAGACUACCUUGAUGCCGAAACGAUCGCUACGAUAUACAUCUACUGUCUUUUCUUAUUUAGCAUGCAUUUGUUUACAGAACAUACACUGGCUAGGUUGGUAAUGGUUGGCUUGGGGUUCAUGUUGCACAUCAUCAAAAUUGGCUUAAAUCUAUUCUAAGAAGUUGAGACUAGGUUAACUAGGUCAUAUAGUUGGCGAAUACUUAGGAUGACGUUGUGGGGUAGCUUGUCUGGCAAUCGCAUGACGAUUAUAACAACGGCAAGCAGUGCGCGUGAGACUUCUGUGAUAUGUGUUCAUCGG